CCUACGCGGCUGAAGUGAGACCUACUUCACCUCCUUUCGUGUUUGCCGGCGGAGUUGCACUUCGAUUUAGAAAUCCUCGAAACAUCAUGUCUUCCGAUGAGAUGUAUCUGCUCUACCAUGGACUUCUGCUCCCCAAAGAGACUCACUCCUUGGAAAGUUUAAAGUUUGCGCAGGAGUUUACGUUUAAAGACGAUGACGUCGUGGCUGUCGUGUAUCCAAAGUCAGGGACAGUCUGGAUGCAGGAAGUCCUCCCUCUGUUGCUCAAUGGAGGAGAUCUGACUCCGAUACAAACCAUUCCUAACUGGGACAGGGUCCCCUGGCUGGAGGAGAAAAGAUUAGAAGCGGUUGUAGAUAAGAUGGCUUCUCCACGGGCGAUGGUCUCACAUUUGCCCUACCACCUCAUGCCCCCGUCAUUCCACACCUCCAAAGCCAAGGUGAUCUAUGUUAUGAGGAACCCCAAAGACGUCUUGGUGUCUUCGUUUUACUUUCAUCAAAUGGCUGGAUUCCUUUCAGAUCCAGGAACAUUCGAUGAGUUCAUGAACACAUUCCUCGAGGGAAGAGUGUUCUUUGGAAAAUGGACCGACCAUCUGAAGAGCUGGAAACACUCCGAACUGGGAGACAGAAUAAUGUUCAUCACGUAUGAAGAGAUGGUUCAGGACCUUCCGGCAGCUCUCAAGAGGAUGUCAGAUUUCCUGGGUCGGGAUCUGAGUGAGGAAACCAUCCAGAAGAUAUCACAUCACUGUUCCUUUAAGACCAUGAAGUCCAACAGCAUGUCCAACUUCUCCCUGGUUCCUAAGGUGUACCUGGACAGCGACAAAUCUCAAUUCCUAAGAAAAGGUGUUGUAGGAGACUGGAAAAACCAUUUCAGCUCAGAACAGCUGGCCAGAUUUAGGUCAGUGAUUCACAAAGAGCUGCAGGAUGAGAGCUUCACUCUGCCCUGGAGUCUGGACUAAACAACACUCAGACGUUAAGUAAGAAUGGUGCAAAUGAGUUUAGAUAAAGUUUUGUUUGAUUUUGGAAUUCCCUUCGUUCUUUGUAACUACUGUAACUACUACUAACAAUUUAUUUGUAAAACAAUAACAUUCAUUUUAUGUGUUCGAGUUGCUCUUUGGUUUGAAGGUCUCAUUCUUGUGGACGCUCGGAAGGAAUGAUUUUAAACUUGGGUCCAAACAUCCACUUCAACUUGGAUAGAAUUAAAUUGAAGUUUUUAUUUUCGGACAUGUAAAAAAGAGAAGAAAACAAAACAAAAAAUAUGUACAAACAAUGAAAGAUAUUAUACAAAAGAAGCUUUCAAAUACUUGUUUCUUUAAUUUACAAAUCUGAAAAGGAGUGGAAAGAAGUCUGAAUGUAUUUAAUCCCACUUCUUUAUUAAUCAUCACUCAUCCUGUCAGUCUCUUAUUUUUAUACUUAAACAUACAAAACCUACUCAUUACUUCUCUAAACAUCGUCUAAAGUGUAUAUUCAAUCCUACAAUCCUCAAUAUAAACAUAUCAACUCAUUAAUGUUAUAUUAAUCUGAGUAUAAAAAAGUGAUGUUUUGACAUAUACAAAUAUAAAGUUUAGAAUAUACUUCAGGAUAAACUGAUUGGUAUCAGGGGUUAAGGUCACUCUGAUCUCGUCUGUUGGAAACACAAAGUUGAGAAGCAGCUCGACUGACUGGCUGAAGGAAACAGACAUAAUAUACAAAAAUACACACACAAAUAAAAACAAACUUUAAUCCAUGAACAGUUUUCAAUUUACCAAAUCAAAUCAAAGAGACGGUACAUUUCUCAUCCAUAUUUGACCUUCUUUUUCUUUCUGUGCUUCAGUUUGACUUCAAUCAUUUGAUCAAGAUUCUUUUAAUGAUUCCACUUUUUUAUUGAUAGUUUUAUUAUGAAAGCAUUUGAUUUCUGUUUCACUAUAAUGGAGUUAUUAGACAAUGUUUAAUGUUUAUGGUCAUUAACAUGGAGCCACACCCUUUAUACAACAACAUCAACAGUUAGAUAAAAGACUCAGUGACUACAUUGACGAGUGCAGACAUGGAGACAGUUAUAAAAUUCACUCAGGCACUAUUUAUAGGAAGAACGUUAUUUAGCUCGUGUCAAAUAUCUGAUACAGCUUAAUGACCGAGCAGUAAACCCCAAAGUUAUCUCCACUAGAAACAGGAUUCUGAGAUGAUCUUUAAAGUUUAAUGCUCCAUUUAUUCCAAAAUUCCUUUCAGCCUCUUGGUAUCCAGCCUGAACAUCCGUAUGACUAAUGGUUGAGUCUUACUGCUCUCAUCACCCUCUACAGAGUCUGAUUACCUGGAAAACAGUUUUAUAUUUAGUUUAUAUUAUUUAGUCUACCUUGCACUGCUCUUCAUGCUACUGCUCUAUGUGCCUAUGAAUUACCCUCUUGGGACAAAUACAGAUUAUUGAAUUGAAUACAGAGAAUACUAAAAAAAAAAGUAAUUGAAAUGACAGAUUACAGUAAUUACUAUAAGAUGUACAUUUUCUUGUCUUCAAUAUUUUACUGUGUUAAGAGGUUUUCUAAAAUAAAAAUAAAAAGAUUUUUUAACCAAGAA